CUUUUGCACUGACUUAGACAAUUCACCUUCUCAGCCGGUUUGAACAUUUUCUCGACCUUCGAUCUGGCUUUGCAAUAACAUCCUUUCAUAAUGAGACUUGUGAUGCCCAAUUCCCUUCCAGGGUUUGCUGCAGUCUGUCUGAUUGCUGCGCUCGUCCGCGCCGAGCCCGAUGUGACGUUAUGUGGACAGUAUGAAAAUGUCACAGAUCCUUCGGAUACAUACAGACUGAGCACCAACGUCUGGGGUCGCGACAGCAGUGGCGCAUCGUGUGUCGAUGUCACAGACAACGCAACUGUCUUAUCAUCGACAUGGUCCUGGUCAGCGAACGACACGCUCGUCCAUGCGUACCCAAACAUCAACUUCAAUCCCGUCCAGCGUGAUCCCAUCCAAAUAUCGAAUCUGUCCUCGAUCGAUGUCAAGGUGUCGUGGUCGAUGAAACCGACAAUGAGUACAUCUAAGUCAGCAUUUGACAUGGAUGGCCUUGCGGUCGUAAACGCCAAAACCAACGUGGCUUUCGAUUUCUUCUUCGACACUGAUAUAGAGAACGCAGUCAACACCACUGCACCUAAAUAUGAAGUCAUGGUAUGGAUUGGCAAGUUCGGCUCGAUCCUACCGAUAGGGGCGUCGGACAAUGGGCAGACAAGCAAGCUACCUACGCAGAAUAUUGGGAAAGAGAAGUUUACACUCUAUCAAGGUGCCAACGACAAUGGACAGCAGGUAUUCUCCUGGCUCUCCAACUCGAACAAAACAGAAUUCGAGGGCGAUCUCUCGCCUCUAGUUCAUUACCUCUGGCGCCACGGCUUCGUUCUGGCCGCGAACUACAUCGGUGUUAUCCAAUUUGGCACCGAACAAAAGCACGCAACGUCGAACAUAACAUUCUCCGUAGAUGAGUUCUCUAUAGGCGCGACAAGAGGCACACCGAAAGCAGCAGCCGGAUUCACAAUCAAACUCCCUCGAGUGGAGUUCAUAUGCGUGUUGGCUGUUAUGGUGGUACUUGGUACUUUAUAGAUUCCAAGUUAGGCAUAUGGGCUGCAAUAGAUAUCCCAGCGUUAAUACCAAUAGA